AUGAGAAAGCCAUGCAUUCCAGAGUUGAUUUACCAGAAGACCUUCCCGAAACCGAAGCAGGGUGAACCCGUGUCCUUUUACGCACAUAUUCAACGUCACAUUGUGGGAGAAGUCCGGGUGGAAGUACAGACAUACUAUGGAGCGCUUGAUACGUUAGAAGCACAAUAUCCCGGUCUCGACUAUACCUAUCCUCCACACCGUCGUCGUAUGUCAAGAUAUCCCUGGCAUAGGAGGCUUUUCCGAGUGUUUGACGAACUUGGAUUGACCGACAAUGAGAUUUUGAAUUUGUGUCAAUGGGAGGGGACCAGAGCAGCCAAGGAAAGAUACGAACGUGAGGCACACAUAGAAGUCAAGACAACAACGGCCCAUGAUGUAGUGGCAGCACCUUUGGGAGAAGGGCCGAGAGCAAGAUUUGAGGAUUGGUCUCAACCAGCGCCUGAGGAAAGGUCAUCAGACGGCGAAAUGGUGGUUCAAGUGGAGGAGAAGAAAGAGACCGCUUCCAACAAAUCACGGCAACCGGUCGACUGUCAAACACCUACUCCAACUGCCGACUUGUUUGAAUCAAUUCGUGAUGCUAUACAUUCACGGUUUCGCGAAGCAGGACGUACAGAAGUCAAUCAAGCAUGGGAACAAUGGCUCAAAGACGCAUUAGAGCAGCAUGGAAUGGAUGUUGAAUCUGCCUUGACUGCCAUUCAGAAUCCAGAGCUAGACCUUUUGAAUCUAAACCCUGCCCGGGAAUCACCUGAACCUCUUCGAUUCAGCCGAGAGAUCACCCCGCUGCGGUCGCCUGCACCCAAUGCACAAUCUACUCAGAAUCGAACUUACAGCGAGCUUCAUACUAUGGUUGACGAGCUACAAACCAACAAUAGUCAACUAGCAGCCGACAAUGCUGCAUUGGCGCUUUUCUUACGACGGACACGGACACAGACGGAAGCCGCAAGAUAA